ACCUUUCUGCGGCCACCGACUAUAUUGAAUCAAGCGACCGUAGUCACUUCGACUUCGCUAUUAUACCGCCAAAUACCCACUGUGACACAGAUGAGGAGGACAUUGAAGAGGAUAAUAUAUUGCGUGAUGAUAUUCCAACCUUGGAAUCGUAUUUUUCGAUUCUUCUUUACGUCAUAUGACCUUCUUAGAAUUUUGAAAGAACAAGGAUUUAAGGCUACUGGGACUGUUCGUGAACGGCGGACCAAAAAAUGUCCUCUGAAAACGAACAAAGAACUACAAAAGAAGCAACGGUCUCCCCGUUUGAUUUUAUGUUUUCUGACUCAGGAAUACUUUUUGUGACGUGGAAUGACAAUAGCGUUGUGACAGUGGGAACAAACUUUGAUAGAAUUGCACCUUUACAUACCGUCAAACGAUGGUCAAGACAAGAGAGGCGCAAGGUGAAUGCCCAGCAGCCGAAGUUGAUAGCGGAAUACAACUCAGGAAUGGGAGGAGUUGACCUCCACGACCAAGCUUUGAAUACUUACAAUAUAAAGUUUAGAGGAAAGAAAUGGUGGUGGCCUCUUUUCUCCACAAUGAUAAGCUCGUGCGUAGUAAACGCAUGGAAGCUUUAUAAAAUGGCAAGUAAGAGUCAAUGCGACUUGUUGCAAUACCAACGUGAAAUUGUGCGAUUUUAUUUACGCAAUUAUAAUAUCCGGGACAUAUCUUCAAAACGAUCGACAACGGCAUCAAUAGCUGGUUCCUCAUAUAACCAUUUUCCCAAAAGGAUAUCGAAUCAGCUGAGGUGCAGGGAGUGUCACCAAAGAAUUCGAUGGAUUUGCGAGUUAUGCAAUGUAGCCCUUUGCGUAGAGAGAGAAUGUUUCAAAAACUUCCAUACUGUUAACCGAACUAAUAACCAAGGAAGUCUUUGAAAGUGUCUUUUUAUUUAAUACUCCAUAUUUUCAUAUACAGGCAAUGUAUAUACAUA